CCUCAGCCUUGAUAUAAACGGAUAGAAAGACGACCCAUAUAGAGUCCAACUCUGGCCCCACUAUGACGGCUGUUUGCUUUCAAGCACGAUUCAUUAUAAGCUAUGCCUCAACUUCAAACAUCACGACUUAACUCUGCAACGACACCAGUGCUUCUCUGCUUACUGCUUGUAAUUUCUCUAUUCCCUGGUCUGUUUCACUAUCUCUGGACACUGCCCUUUAGCCUUCUUGGAUUAUCAGGAUCCCCUCAACCCCGCUCAACUGCUCCUCCAGUGUUAUACCAUUCAAAGGCAACAACCAUGAGCUUUUUUCAGAAGCAAUUCACCCUGCCUGCUAAGUCACGGGGAUCAUACCUCAUAACUGACCAGGUUUUGUCUUCACUUCCCGAAAUUCGGGAUUAUAAGGUCGGCCUUUUGAACCUUUUCGUUCAGCACACGAGCUGUGCGUUAAGCUUGAACGAAAACUGGGACUCUGACGUUCGGGAGGAUAUGAACGAUGCUCUUGACAGAAUCGCGCCAGCUGAAGGACCUAAGGGAGAGGCUCUCUACCGUCAUGAUGCCGAGGGUCCAGACGACAUGCCCGCUCACAUCAAGUCUGCACUCAUUGGGGCGAGCGUCACUAUUCCUAUUAAGGAUGGAAAGCUUGCUACAGGAACUUGGCAAGGAAUCUGGUACCUUGAAUUCCGUGCCGCUCGCCACCAGAGACGUGUCGUUGCAACUAUCCAGGGAGAGAAAGCUUGACUGAGAUGCACAGGAAAGUGGAACUUAGAUGUAUAGAAAAGGCAAAGAAAAGAAAAGACUUGAGCUUUUACACGUCCUCCCUAUACGGACAAACAACCAAAAACGCCGAACACCAUCGCCAUGUCUCCGCGGCCCUAUAGGGAGAUCAGCUUGUUCCAUUCUCCUCCUUCAUGUCCGUAUCGUCGCCUGCCAAGACUUUUGUGUACG